AUGAGCCCUACCGUACACGUCGGCUCGCCAAAUGAGUGGCAGCGCAUCUUGGGGUCCUCGACCGUCGUGGUCGCUGACUUCUACGCCGACUGGUGCGGUCCCUGCAAGAUGAUCGCGCCGACGUUCGAAUCGCUGUCGACCAAGUACUCGAAGCCGGGCAAGAUCACAUUCUGCAAGGUCGACGUCGACAGCCAGCAGUCCAUCGCCCAGGCCCACGGCGUGCGCGCGAUGCCCACCUUCCUCGUCUUCAAGAGCGGCUCCGUCAUCGAGACCAUCCAGGGCGCCAACCCCCCCGCCCUAACCAACGCCGUCGAGAAGGCCGUCAAGCUGGCCGGCACAAGCGCCCCUGGAGCCUCCUUCAAGACCCCCGGGCGCACCCUGGGGGGCACGUCAGCAUCGCCCUCUGGCGCGACACUGGCGAGACGAGGCGGACAGACGUUGAGCGGCCGGACAUUUGGCCUGUUCUCCAUCUUGAGCGCUAUCUUGACCUUCUUUGGGCUAUACUUCACGUCGCUGUUUAGCUUCGAUCCUUACAAGGCAGCCGAGAAUUCGGACUUCAACGUCAACAAGCCGAGGGCGCCGCCUCAGCCGAUCCAAGCCAAAGGUCAGAAGCCGGGCGGUGCGGCUCGCUCUAGCGGGGCACAGGGGCCGUGUCCUCAGUGCAGGACCCGGCUUCUCUAUCUGUUCGAGAACGGCUUUGCUGGUCGACGCAGCGAUCCCCUGCGAUGCCGACCCCGGCCUACGCCCUCGACCAUUCGAAGCCUUCGCACGUUCACCCUAAGCCAGAGGAAACGAUACGGCAGCGCGCGCCUUUUCUCCGAGUCGAGGCGUCGGCACCAAGACGUACAACCGGAACCGAAACCGGAACCACAGCCGGAACCUAGUGCACAGGAACUCCAAGAAAUCGAGCUUACGGUGCGACAGGCGAAGCAGGCAUUCGGCGACACCUUACCAAAGGGUUACCUGACCGAGAGGGAAUACGUGCUGUACGAGCGACUCUACGGACCGCCCCUGCGUGAGACGCGACCAGAAGAUGUGGGCAUUCCCACCGAUGAUAUCGACCCCGUAGAACUCGCAGAGAAGCUGGCGCAGACAAUACUGGUGCAAGAGGCGGCCGAAGGCCAGGUAGAAGAAUCCGCCUCCACGGCCGGCGACCAGGUAGAAGAGUUCGUCUCCGCGGCCGCCGAGACCCCGACCCCUCUCCCUACGAAUACGGGACAUACCCCAAACGUACAGUUACCGGAUUUAGAGGUGCUGCCAGAACUGCCUUCCGACGCUGGGCUCGUUCACAUCAAUGCCAUCGCCAAGAGCCAAAGGGAAUUCGAUGUCCUCCUGAAACUACAGAAAGAUUUUGAAAAGUCCAGAAUUCAGGCAAUUGAGGAGGAGGAAGGGGUUGAAGAAGAAGAGGAAAAGGAAGAGGAAGAGGACCCCGAAGAGGAGGAAGGAGACAGCCAACCAGAUGUGCUAUUUGACUCCAUGGCCGACCGCGUCCACGAAUGGACAAAGUUGGGUCACUGGAGAACGAGCCCCACUACUGUUCAUCUUCCCAAGCAAGAUUUUGUAUAUCCAAUUUCUGAGCUACUCAAUCGGACGGAUAUCAGCCACGUCAGGGAGGCUGCCGAGAAGGUUUUCGGCGGACUCGGCCUCCCGCAUUCCGUCGCCACCCCAAUGAUGAAGAAUAUCCCACAGCUGGGGGUCGCUUUGGGGGCGGGCCUCCACAAAAUGACGGAGAUAAAUGCCGACGCCUUUCUCGCGGCAAACCUUCCUGGUAUGUAUGCUUCGGUGAUGGGAAUACUGGUCGAGGUCCGUAAGCGUCUAGGUUCCGAGUGGCUCUCUAAGCUUUUGGUCAGAGGCGAGGGCGAGGGUCCUCGCGUCCUCGAUGUCGGCGGCGGCGGGGCAGGCCUGGUAGCGUGGGAGCAAGUUCUGACGGCUGAGUGGGAGCUCAAGUUUGGCGGCGGAGAAGGAAAUACGACACCCACACCGCCGCUACCGGGCAAGAAGACGGCCGUGGUCGGCUCCGAUCACCUACGGCACCGGAUCUCGAGGUUUCUUCACAACACCACCUUCCUCCCGCGAUUGCCGGACUAUCUGCAUUCCGGUGGGGGCACCGAGUCCUUGGAUACUGGCGACAAGACAUUGCCGAGGAAGUCGUUCGACGUCAUUAUCGCCUCCCACUUGUUCAUGCCCCUGAAGCUAGAAUAUCAACGAAAGGACUUAUUAGACAACCUGUGGGAAUUGCUGUCGCCCGAUGGCGGUGUUCUCAUCGUCCUAGAGAAAGGCCAUCCACGGGGCUUCGAGGCGGUGGCGGACGUCCGAUCUCGAUUGCUGACCGAGUUCAUUUUCCCGGUCAAUUCAGGCCCCCGGCCCGAAGCCAUCGAGGUAGGCGGCCGACGAAUCCAGGAGCCGGGCAUGAUAAUAGCCCCCUGCACGAACCAUAAACAAUGUCCGAUGUACUUGACGCCCGGUCGCAGUGGCGGGCGAAAGGAUUUCUGCCAUUUUAGCCAACGGUACAUCCGCCCACUGUUCCUCCAGAAGCUCUUAGGCGCUUCACAUCGGAACCACGGGGAUGUCGACUUCAGUUUCGUCGCGAUCCAGCGCGGAACGGUGCCAAAAGCGGAAGAAGCUUCGCCGUUCCUCGCGAGUAAAUAUGACUUCACCGCACAGGCCUUCCGGGGCUACGAAAAGGCGACAACGGCACCAGAUCCGCUGACGCUGCCGCGGAACAUCAUGCCGCCGUUGAAGCGGCGAGGCCACGUGACGAUGGACCUGUGCACGCCGAUGGGGACGAUUGAACGGUGGACGGUGCCGAAGAGCUUCAGCCUGGUGGCGUACCACGACGCGCGCAAGGCGCAGUGGGGGGACCUGUGGGCGCUGGGGGCGAAGACGCGGGUGGCACGGCCGGUGCGGCUCGGGAAGGGGGGCGUGGCGCCGAACGACGGCGGGGUGCGGUCGCGCCAGGCGGCGCUGGGGCGACAGCAGGUGAUCGAGUUCAACGCCGACGAGCGCGGGAUCUACAGCACGACGGGGAUAGGCGGCCAGUACCGACCGCCGACGCCGAGACGGACGAAGGGCGGACGGAAGCCGAGGAUGACGGAGGACCUGCUGAGGGAGCUCGAGUUGGAGGCGGAGGCGGAGGACGAAGCGGAAUUGUAG